AUGACCCGAUAUCGCAAAACGGCACCUUUAUUAUUCCUCCUUAUUGGGCUGAUAUUUGUUAUUCGUGCUCAUCCAACAGCAAGCGAGCGAAUAGGGUCUUCGGGUUUAUCGAACUUUCUGCAACACACAUUCAAAUCCAACGGGAGGACCCUGGACGAGUUGGACGACGAGUUUCUAGAAGAAAUUCUGCCCAGUGUAUCAUUGGUCACAAAUCGCGGAGAUGUGUUGCAGGCCUCUAGUCUCACGUGCAACAUUUGCAAUGCUAUUGCAAGUCGAGUUAAGGAAGUCAUGAUGCUAAAUAUCACACAAAAAGUCACCGUGGAACAAGGAAUCCUAAUUUGUACGGUCCUAAGGAUUCAAUCUCAUCGUGUGUGUUCCGAAAUAAUUCCGAAAUUUGGACCCUGGGCCAUGACAGUUCUUGCGCAUUCUGUGUUCUCCGCGGAAAAUUUGUGCUCCAAGGCUCAUCUAUGCCCAAAGCCUGACACAAAGAAACCCGAAGUAAUUAACCUCCCGGAACCACAACCCGUUAAGACGCGUGUUACGACAGGUGAAAGAUUGUGGAUGAUUCACCUGAGCGAUUGGCAUUACGAUCCCGAAUAUAAAGAGGGAUAUGAGGUAAACUGCGGGGAACCGAUUUGUUGUCGACCUCCAAAUGCUUUCGGUGACAAGGCCAAGAGUCCGGCGGGAAAAUGGGGAGACUAUAAUUGCGAGGUUGAUAGAGAAUAUGUUGGAGUUUAUACCGACCGUGGUGCCUCGGUUGGACUACAUCGUGUCUACUGGGUAACUCCAAUUCUAAGAUUGUUAACAUCUUAUGUGAUGGGAGAAAAUAUGCUCACGAUUUACUUGCUUGAUUCACUUUAUCGAAAAUUUAGAGAUUUGCCUCCGCAUGACGUUUGGUCCGAAACACAAUCAUCCAUAAUGGAGACCACCAAUCAGACUGCAUCCAUUUGGCACAGAUUCUUUACAUCCACUCCAUUUUUUCCUAUCAUUGGAAAUCACGAAUCCGCACCGGUAAAUUCUUUUCCCACAUCAUCAAUUGGUAUUUCCUCUGUUUCUUGGUUAUACGAUACGUUGGCGACACAGUGGAAUGGUUGGCUCUCCCCCAACACUUUGAGGUCGAUCGAGCAGAAAGGUUUUUAUUCGACAAGAUUGCCGAAGGAUAAUUUGCGAAUAAUUGGAUUAAACACAAAUUUUUGGUAUAAAUUCAACUGGUGGAUGCUCAUGAGGCCAAGAGAAGAAUGGGAUCCUGAAUGGAUGCUGAAAUGGAUGGUUGAACAGUUACACGAAGCAGAGUCACUCGGCGAAAAACACAUGUCAGCAGUUGAUCUCGAUGCGUUCCCAUCUUUCGGUGUAUAUUACUCCCAAAUUGUAACCAGAUUUAAAGACACCAUCGUUGGUCAAUUCUAUGGUCAUUCUCAUUGGGAUGAAUUUCAAGUCAUCUAUGACGUUCAGACGACGCAAAAGGAACCCGUUGGCGUUGCCUACUUGGCCCCAAGCGUUACCUCAUUCAAGAACAUGAACCCGGCGUUCAGACUAUACGAGAUUGAUAAAAGCACCAAACAAAUUGUCAACCAUUAUACAUACUCGAUGGACCUGAGGGCGGCAAAUCGUGAUGACAAACCCGAGUGGAAAUUGUUGUACGACGCGAAAUCGUUGUACGGACUCGAGGAUCUUCAACCCAAGAGCUGGCAUGACCUCACCGAAAGAUUCAUUCAUGACGAAAGCACCUACAAAACCUUCCAAAGGAUGGCAUCCCGAGACCAACAUCUCAACAAAUACGGUUCCUGCCGGUCAUUUGAAAGUCAACAACAAUGUCGCAAUCGAAUAAUCUGUAAGCUUCGAGGAACAUUUCCUCGUCAUGGACCAUUCCGCGACGAUGAACUCUGCAAGAAACAAUCGUGGUUUCCGCACUUACCCGAAGAAUGGUUUUUGUCCGCCACCAUGGGCAAACAUAUAAAUGUCAUGGUGGAUUUGGAUAAGGUUGACGCCGACGAAUUAAGCGGGAAAAAUAUUAAGAUCAAGGUUAAAGUUGAUGGGCUUGUAGAGGGGCAAGAUGAAGGUGGAGAUGAGGAGGACAUAGGUGGAGUUACCUUUGAGGGACUCCCAAAGACCAUUGUGAGAUUGGUGAUGGGACUGGUGAUGGGUGGUGAUGACGUUGUGUGUCGUUAA